AUGCGAUCGUCACGCACGACCAUUGGCCUGGUGCAGGUCCUCCGUGAGCGCAUCCGGCGGUGCGACAUCAUGAAUCCCGCCGACUUGACCCUGCCGACCAUCUCUCCCACCCUCGCCUCCAAGACUCUCCCCACUGCUCAACUCCUCGCUCUCAAGCAUGGCAAGGCUGCGGUCCCCCGCGCCGAUGUAGAAGCCAUCUACACGCAGCUCAAGUCAGCUCUCGGCGACCAGUGGGCCGACUACAAGACCGCCAUCAAUCAAUACACCUUAGGCAAUCUUAACCAGAAUGAGCUCAGCUAUGUUUUGCAACCACUGCUCACCCUCGCGCCGGCCAUCAUACCAACACCAGCAACUAGUAGCACACCUGCCGCUCCCACAUCGAUACUACAUCUCCACAAUACCCUUGUCGUCUCUCUCUACACCAACAUCUAUCGCGAUCCACCACCGAGUGAUGUUGCACCAUGGGUCGUCGCAACCGACAAGCCGUCCUCGGCCUCAAAGGGUGGCAGUGGAGCCAAUGCAGGCGCGAACGACAAGUCGGAAGAGAGGGUGAAGAAGGAGGCCAUGAGUCUACACGCACGUGACCGACGAAGGAUCAAGACACUAAAGGACGGAAGUGUGGCAGUCAACGAUGGGUACAAGGCGAUGCUGGACUACCACCACGAGCUCGCGGUUAAACCACCAAACCACGGAGAUUUCGGUGCACCACAGAGUGCGGGAGCAGGAUUGGCGAAGACGAAUUGGGAUCUGGAGAUUCGCCGGCGAUAUGCUCAGCCUCUGGCGAGCGAGACACUGGAGUUCCCAACCCAAAGCGAUGUUCAAAACCGCAUCGAACCUAUUUGUGCCGAGGAGGGACUGGCAGGUAGUACACAGUCUGCCAUAGCAUCCUGCGCUGAACUAGUCGAACAAGCAACCGAAGUCUUCCUGAAGGAAAUGCUGGGCGAGCUGUACGCGCACGUUGGCGCCAACGCUGAAGGCUGCGUGAAGACCGCACGAUACAAACGCCGUCUGCACAAGGAAGAACAGGAGGCGGAGCGCGGAGCCGUGCAAAGAAAUGGUGCGGGCAGACUUCCCGUGGAGCUGGAGACGCAAGGUCUACGCAAUCCACUGGAUAUGGAGGAUUUGAGGUUAGGGUUGCAGAUGUCUGAUUCGUUCCUGAGGACCGACAGGUUUCUGGAUGAAGGGAUUAUGCUUUCGAGGUAUGCGGAUCUUGAUCUGGGGAUGACGGGGAUGACGAAUGGAUACGGGAAAGGUGGCGCCGUGAACGGUGUAGGGAGCCGAGCAUCCGCUGUUGUAGACCCAGACGCCAUGGCCAUCGACGAUAUGGACGCAUGGAAAGGUAGCACGACCUCUAAUCAAAUGGAAUUGAUGGGUGUACUGGACGAUUGUCUGGCAGUGGGGUAG